CCUCAACGUUUUUGUAUUUAUUGUUUAAAUUUUUGUAGCUCUCGUGGAGCAUUCCACUGCUAAAUUUUCCGGGAAAGUGAAGAGAAAAUAGAGGAGAUGAGUAACAGCUCACUGUCAUCGUCGCCGGCUCGUUCCUCGAUUUCGACGACAGCAAUCGCAGGGGCAAAUGCUGCCUCUGCUCUCACCGUCGACGACUUACACUUCCCUCCCGAUCUCAGCUCUAUCCAAGAUCGCAAGGACGAGGCACUUCUCGUUCUGAAAUCGGAUUUGAUGGCUGCACUGAACAAGGAGGUGAAAUCCAUGGAUGAAGAUAAUUGGAAGUUUGAUGGACCUCGCUCCCGGAUUCACCUUAUUUCAAGACCAGGUAAUCUUCUCCAUAAGCAUGCGGAUGUCACAAAGCAUCGUAACCUUGCCCCUUCAAAAUGAUUUGGAAUUCUUCAACCGAGCAGAGCAUGUGUACCCUUGUCAGCCAUUAAGAGGCAACUGCUGUACUCACACUACUCUUCCUGUAUUUUCUGGUUGAUUGUAACUGGUAUGGAUGAUUCUGUGUACAGACAACUAUUGUUCAUCAAUGUGACACUGUUGUUUCU